AUGACUAAGCCGGGGAAACAGCUACAUCUCUUCAGCAUUUAUAUCAACAUCAACAUCAAUAUCAAUAUCAACAUCAAGAUACGGAGUAUAGGAGCCAGGUUCACGGGAAGGACGCUGGAAGAUGUGCUGCGGAGUCGAUAUAUCCCUCUGAUACUGCCCUCGCUCGCCUUCGACAUGGAGUUACGGCUGCUCUACCCCUUCCUGACCCUGCUCGCCAUCCUCCUCGCCAGCGGCGUCUCAUCGGCGGCGCAUACCUCCAACUGGGCGGUGCUGGUCUCUACGUCCCGUUUCUGGUUCAAUUACCGCCACCUUGCCAAUGUGCUCUCUCUCUACCGGACCGUCAAGCGGCUGGGGAUCCCAGACUCCCAGAUCAUCCUCAUGCUGCCAGACGACAUGGCGUGCAAUCCACGAAACGCUUUUCCCGGAACCGUUUAUAACAACGCCGAUCGUGCGUUAGACCUGUACGGAGAUAACAUAGAAGUCGACUAUCGUGGAUACGAGGUUACCGUGGAAAGCUUCAUCCGCUUGCUGACCGAUCGACUGGGUGAUGAUGUACCGCAGAGCAAAAGGCUGGGCUCAGAUGCAGGCAGCAAUGUGCUCGUAUACAUGACCGGUCAUGGCGGUGACCAGUUCCUAAAGUUCCAGGACUCGGAGGAGAUCGGGGCGUGGGACCUGGCAGAUGCAUUUGGACAGAUGUGGGAGAAAAAACGAUACAACGAGCUACUCUUCAUGAUCGAUACGUGCCAGGCGAAUACCAUGUACACACAUCUGUAUUCACCGAAUAUCAUCGCGACGGGGUCAAGCGAGAUAGAUCAGUCUUCUUAUUCCCACCAUGCAGAUAGCGAUGUUGGAGUUGCCGUCAUCGACCGUUGGACAUACUACAUUUUGGAAUUUCUAGAGACCCAAGUCACUGCGAAUUCGAAACGCACCUUGGGAGAUUUGUUCGACUCCUACGAUGAGACAAAGAUACAUUCUCAACCUGGCGUGAGAUGGGAUUUAUUCCCUGGCGGCGAAGCUGAGGGUAGACUGAGAACGGUCAUGGACUUUUUCGGCAACGUCCAAGAAGUGGAUGUGGAAGGUGGCAGCGGCAUCAAUGGUUCCGAGCCCUCUAUCAAAGAGGAUCUUGUGGCUAUUGCCAGGUUAGUUGAGCAAUGGAAGGAGAUGGAAAAGGAAUACGUGAACAAUACUUCCACUCCGGAUGCAAGUCCCCAGGAAACGUCCACAACAGCAUCCCAUGUUAAUUCCCCUAUACAUAAGCUUGCUGGGCCGAUGAAGAUCCGCGAUACCGAUGACUGGAGCAAGAGAAUUAUCGGUCUCUCAUUACUGGUCGGUAUGGGGGGCAUAUGGUUUGCCGGUUCGCUGCUAAGGGGUUCAUAG